CAUUUCAUGCUGACAAGCACAAUGAAAUUAUAACAACUUCCAUCAUCAGAUACAAACUUUUGUUAAAAUAAGACAUAAAAGCAGAAUAAACAGUAACAAUGUGUAGCGUUAAUGAAAGAAUUGAAAAAUUAAAUAGAAGAACUCAGGAUUUACGUAAAGAAGUUAAAGAUUUGAAAGAAACUUUAAUGCAACAGAAUAACUAUAUAAUAAGUUUGUUGACAAAACAAAGUGGAAUGUUAGAGGAGAAUAUCGAAAUAGAGCGUAAUUUUUCUCAAGUUCAUUAUGGUAAAAAAAUUUCCCACUUUGCAAGACGUUUUCCGCUGGAUAGUAUAGAAGAUUUAAAAAAAUUUGAAUUGGAAAUUGAUGAGGACAACAAAGAGAAUAUUAUAAAUAUCAUACAAAGUCUGCUUUCACCUCAAGGUAUUAUGAAAAAUGUCAUUAAUAUUUUGUCCGAUAAAAUAAUUAUGCAGUCGAAUGUAGAUGGUCAUCAUAAUAAAACACGAUUAUUAAAUUUUCCCAAAACUAUAGAUGUUUUAUUUUUGGCCAAUCGUAAAGAUGACAAUUAUAGCUCUAAAAUGUUUCUAGACGAUUUAAGGCGUUCCUUGAGAGUAGUUAAGAAUCGUUGUCAUAAAAACAAUUGUCGGGCUAGACAGAAACAAUUAUUACGUGAGGAACAGGAAAGGGAUGAACAAGAGGAGAGUACUGAAGAAAGUUUUACGGCAAGAACUGAAGAAAUCUAUUUCGAUUAGUUAUAAUAAAUAAAAACUAUUUAAAAAUGUAAUGUGAUUUGUUGUUCGAAAGCAAAUUAACGAUAUAUUUGUGUAAAUAUUUGUAAAAAUAAAAUAGGUUUUUAAGAUGUUGGUUAUUA